ACAUACUGUAAUCAUCUGUGAUGUCAAGACAGCUGUAAUCCUGGUAAAUAAAGCAACGGAACGUCAGUAUUUAUAUCAACAUUCCCAUAAGAUAAUUAUAUUUUUAUAAACUGAUGAAAAAUGACAUCGACGUUGUCAAAUCAAGCUCAGUUGAGAUACAUGGUAGAGUGGUUCCAAGAGUGGUCUGAAAUGCAGCGUGGAGAUUUUUUAAAUAUUCUUAUUGAACGAUGUGGGCCAGCUGAUUUAGUAAACGGACUGGUGCCUGGUAUCGAAGGACUGGGUUGCAAUAAAGAUGAACCUACAAGACCACCAAGUUUAUUUCAAUGCCGUGUAAAACUUUUCCAAGAGUGGAGCCAAAAUUGGUCUCAGCAGGAGAAAGACAGUCUACUGGGUUCCAUAAAAAAUAUUGACGCUAAAUUCGCUGAAAAAUAUGAACGAAGACUGAUUACUGGCAAAUCUGAUGAAGAAGAAUCGUAGAUUUUACUUUAAGCUUUUUAAUUUUAUCAGAUUUAUUAAUAUUUUUUUAUAAUCAUUUUUAGAUGUCAUUUAUUUUUGAAUACUUACAUAGAAGUUGGGCUCUACUUACAUUUAAUAUUUUAAUUAAUUUAAAAAAUUAAAGCCUUAUUAUUAUAAGUAAGUGUGUAAAUCAGUCUUGAUCAAAAGAAACCAUUCAAAAUUAUUAGAAACGAUUCAAUUUUACUGCUAUAUAGAUAUACAUUCAACAUUGUAUGUACAAAGUUGAUCGUUUUGUUUAAUCAAGGAUAUGAUAAAACCAAAGUUCGUUUUCUUAAUUUAUUUAUUCAGUGUACGUUUCGUUGGUAUCAUUCCAACAUCAUCAGGAAUCCAUAAGAACGAUAUACAUUAUUAUUUAAAAUUAUCAAUCAUGAACUAUAUAUAAGUAAAUUUCAGUUUUUUAAAAAUAAUCAUUGAAUCAAUAUAUAUAAAUUCCAAUUAAAAACUAUAAUUAAAAUAUGUUUAAUACUUUGAACAAUAAGUCAACACAAAGUCAUUGGAUUUUCUAUUGCUGACUACUUCAUUCAUAAGUUUAUUAUACAUACAUUCAGUCUCCAUUUAUUUUUCAAAUGUGUUUUUAUAAUACACGCGAUAACUUUAAAUAAUAAUAUAUAUCGAUACCAAUGGAAUGUCGUAGACUGAAUAAAUAAAUUACGAACAUGUAAUUUUGGUCUUCAUCACCGUAUUUACACACUUACUUAUAAUUCAUUUAUUUAUUUAAUUCAGUUUCCAGAAGAUUUAUCUAAACCAGAACGACAGUAUCAAAAUACUAGUGACUUAGAUUGAAAAUAUUAAUGACAGAAGACACACUUUUAAAAAUUGUAUUAAAUAUGAAUCGAAGAAAAAAAAGUAGAGCCCCACUUGUGUAUAAAAACCUUAUUUUGUUUAGAAAAUUUAGUUGAUGUUUUUAUUAUUUGCGCUGAUAGUUUUUAAAAACUAACAUCUAGUCUGCUGUCGUGUCACGUUAUAAUAAAAAAAUAUUUACAUUCCAUCUAUUUAUAAUUAUAAACAUUCCAUAUGUACAUAUCAUCAUUGAUUGUAAUAUCGACUGGCAGAUGCAUACAUCUAUAUAUAUAAUUUCAUAAAUUAACAGUAAGAUUUAAAAGUACGUAGGAAAAUAUAUUUUAAACAGCAAAAAAUAUAUUAG